AUGAAGUCGUUCAAAGGCUUCAUUUUGUGUUUGAUAAUCUACGUUCAGCAAAUCUACUCCUCCGACGAUGGAAUGUGUAUGGCCAAGGAACAAUGUACCGCAUCGGAAGCAAAUAAAAUCGGCAACAGUCUCUACUCGGCAGAUUACAACAAAUAUUUCAACGCCAUAGAAUCAUCGGUAGCGGCUUACGUUCCCUGCAACAGCACCAAUUGCAACUGUCAUGCGGAUGUUCUAAAGGCCGACCUAAAACCAUUCAAAGCACAAGGCAUUACACAAGAAGCGAUCAACCGAGCAAAGCAAUAUGGAACACACUACCAGGUGAUUGGUCAUAAGUUGUACCGACAGCGAGAAUGCAUGUUCCCGGCACGCUGCUCUGGGGUGGAAUAUUUCGUAAAACCUUUGCUAGCACUUCUACCCGACAUGGAGCUGAUCGUGAACUGUCGCGAUUGGCCCCAGAUUCAUCGGCAUUGGAGCAAAGAAAAAAUACCCGUACUUUCGUUUAGUAAAACGGGCGACUAUCUCGACAUCAUGUACCCGGCCUGGGCAUUCUGGGAAGGUGGCCCAGCCAUAGCACUCUAUCCGACCGGUUUAGGACGAUGGGAUUUGCAUCGGAAAAGCAUAACGAAAGCAAGCCUCGAUUGGGACGCAAAACAUUCGAAAGCUUUCUUCCGUGGUUCACGUACUUCGGACGAGCGUGACGCACUGGUAUUACUUUCGCGUGCUCAACCAUCGCUCGUCGAUGCACAGUACACAAAAAAUCAGGCCUGGAAAUCACCCCAAGAUACGCUGAAUGCAGAACCUGCGCGAGAAGUAACGCUGGAAGAACACUGCCGCUAUCGGUUUCUGUUUAACUUUCGCGGAGUGGCGGCUAGCUUUCGGUUUAAGCAUCUUUUCCUCUGCCGAUCGCUCGUAUUUCAUGUGGGCGAUGAGUGGUUAGAGUUUUUCUAUCCCUCCUUGAAGCCUUGGGUGCAUUACGUGCCGGUACCGGUGCGCAGCAGCCCGGAAGAGUUGGAAGCAAUGAUAAGGUUCUUCCAGGAACAUGAUGGGCUGGCGCGUGAAAUUGCCGACCGAGGGUAUGAUCAUAUUUGGAACAAUUUGCGGAUGGCAGAUGUGGAAUGCUACUGGAAAAGGUUGCUUAAACGGUACGGAAAGAUAGUGCGCUACACCGUUGAGCGUGAUACAAGCUUAAUCGAAGUGUUUAUGCAUUGA